AGCAUUUUAAUUAUUAAACUUUGAAGGAAUGUAAUGUAAUAAAAAAAGAAAAAAAAAUCUUUUUAAACAGCCUGACCCACGUUUGUCACACCCACGUUUCUUUUUCUCAGAGACAAACAAAAGCCCUUUUUGAUCUUUUCUAAAAUCCACUAAUAUUUCUAUCUCACAAUUCUAUAUCUCACAAACUGGUCCCACCGUACUACUUCUACAAUUAUGAAUAGUAACCGUACUACUUCUACAAUUAUGUUUUAGAAACGUACUAGUUUCCAAACAAACCCUUAUUAUAAAUACCUAAACAAAUUAAUUAGGAUUGGAAGCUAAGAGCUUUUUCUACGUACGAACUGUGUUUUUUGUUCCUUGCUUUCUCUUUACAGAGAUUUUGACCUUCUUCAAUAGGUUUUAUAGAAGAUGAAAGAAUCAGAUGCCGUCAAUCUAAUACAUCUCGGAAUAAAUAUUGGCUUCGCUUUGUUUUUCUUUAGGAUUUCGUCCGUGGUAGUGAGUUGUCUUAUUAAAUGUUAUAGUUAUACUCAUGAUGAUGAUCAUCAUGAUCCUGAUCAUGACAACAACAACAACGAUGAUCAUGUCAGCAUCACCAUCAGGCAAUGUGUAGGAAUAAAGCCGUAUGUUCUCCGAUCGAUCCCUAUCAUAGACUUCAACUCCAAAGACUUCAAAGACGACGUCCUCGAAUGCGUCGUUUGUCUCUCGGAGCUAGCCGACAGAGACAAAGCUAGGGUUUUGCCGAGCUGCGAUCACUUGUUUCACGUUGAAUGUAUCGACUCGUGGCUUCAAUCAAACUCCACUUGUCCUAUAUGUAGAAAGAGAGUUUGUUUGAAGCAGUCACGAAUGUGACCGGAACUUGGCGGCGGCGACCAGAGUUUGACCCAAAAUCACGACCCGACAUCAGAACAUCAUGAUGAGUUUCCGACAGGUGUUCCGACGAACACAGACACGAUUAUUGAAGAUGGUGGUUGCGGCGAAGUAAACGAAGGCCAACCAGAUUUAACGGCGGUUGUGAUAGACAUUCCGGCGAAAGAGAUAAAUCAGGCCCAUGUUAGUCAUUUUAGGCCCAUUAUAUGUGAAGAUACUAUACUGUCCAUGUAUUUAACUAGUAAGCUACCGUGACUUUUUUUUUGUGCGCAAAUUUUAUGAAUCUUAAGAUUCUUCUUCACUAUAGUAUUUUUUAUUUUUAACGUCAAAGUCUUAACUAUAUAGUCCAAACGUGAUAUUUCAACUUGCAAGAAAGAUACGAAUGAAUGAUACUGUGAAUGUCGCGGUGAAUGUUUUUUUUUGUUGAUGAUAUAACUAUUUUUGUAGUAACUUUUCUUAGAAACAAUUACAUUUCCCAACGCUCUCUACUGACACAAUUUAAAUAGAUAAACUGUGUAUGUGCAGCAGCACGUUCAAAGCGUGACGACAAACAAAUCUAUCAACCAAACAAUGUGACCUCUAUAAAGAAUAAAUAAUUGGCAGACUCGUAAUUGUUGGAAGGUUGGAAUAGGAUUAGAGGUUUUAUUGCAACAGACAAAUUUUCAUAAAAGUAGUGUGGUAAUAGGUAUCUUCAUAAAAUUAAUUGUGGGAAUGUAAAUUUUGUUUUCUACUAUUAUUCACUAAAUAUUAAAUGCUAAAACAACUUGAUACAUCAAAGGAUUUAUUUUCAUUAUUGCAAAAAUGUUUAAACUGCCCUCAAAUUUUGAGAAGUCUUAAUCUAGCUUUGGAAAAAUAAACGCCCUCACUGUAAUUAACUUAAAUACGAAUUAUGAUAUUAUUUGUAAAGUUAAGGUAUUUGAUCAUGAUAGUUUCUCUAUUUUUACUUUUUUUUUUUUUAAAAGUCGAGAGUAUAAAUUAGUAUCACUGCAUCGGAUGCCCUGUAUUGCAACUUGUUGAUGGAAAAGAUUAUGCAUGUUGUUGCUGUCAACAAAAGAGAUUAUGCAAGUUGUUAUGUUUUAUUUCUUUUAAUAUACUCGUUACGAUUUAUCACUAUUUUUAUUGAAAAAAAGUUCCCAGGCUUAAAUUUAGUUACUUUAGAUAAUGAAAGAUUAAUGAUAAAGAAGGAAUCAAAAUAUUCACAUGAUUAUAACAUCAACUUUUUAUAUAUAUAAAAGAGUAGAAAAGAUCGCCAAAAAAAAUGAGAAAAUUAAAAAGAAAGCAUGUGAUGAUUACGAGUUUACUGUAUGCUUUUCUAAACUAGGGAACAAAAACUUCAUUCAUAAAUAUCUAUAGCAUUUUAUCCUAUAUACAAUUCAUAAUGCUAUAGUUUCUUUGUACCAAAGACCCAAGAAAAAUAGUCAUUCUCCUGUAUCCGAUGCUUGGAUUUAGGAUACAAUCUAUUCCUUCC